AUGGAGCCUCUGCCCUUGGAGCUCUCCGCCGCGCGCUGUGCCACCGGCCAGACCCGCGCUGCCCGGCUUCAGGGAGCUGCGCCAGAGAGAGGCAGAGAGAGAGGCGCACUGGGUUUCUCCCUCCUCGGCUUUGGCCUCAGCGCCGUGGGGCUCAGGGCCCACUCGCACAGGAGGCUUUCGAAGGCUGCCUUACGUGCUGGCAAAGGUUCAGACCCGAGGAACCCCUUCACUGAAUGGAGGGACUCUGGCUAUGCAAUUCCAGGCAUCGAUGGCAAGCCUGAGAACUAUUCAGGGGAGGACUGGAUGUUCGGCAUGCGCGAGGCCCUCGGGGGCAAAGAGCGGGAGCUCCAGGCCGAGGCGAACGCUCUCGCGCACCAGGUCGCCAAGGCCGAGCAGCAGCAGGCUGCGCUAUCCGAGCGCCUCACCGGCGCAGAGGAGCGCGAGGGUGCGCUGCGGGAGCGGCUCCUUGAGGAACAGGAGCGGGCCAGAGUCGCGCAGGAGAGCUACGAGGAGCUCGCGGAGCGUGUGGAGCAAGCACAAAUCGAGAGGGACUUGGCACUGGACGGCAAAGACAGCCGCGAGGAGCUUGAAAGGAAGAUUCAGGAGAUGAAGGAAGGGCAGCUGAAGUUGGAACGUGAGCUGUCGGAGUCCAGGGCCAGGGAAGCCGAACGUGCAGGGGAGCUGAAGGAGAAGGAGGCGGAGCUCAUCACCGUCCGCCGGGAGAAGGUCGUACUUACAAAAGAGCUGGCGGAUGCCAAGAAACGGGAGAAGGAGCUGGCCGCGCUGCUGGAGCAAGCGCAGCAUCAGAUCCUGGAGCUCACCAGCGAUGAGGCCGGAGAGAUCCUGGCCGACAUCGACCUUGAGGCUCUGGCAGCACCAGGUGUGCCACCUCCACCGGCUCCACCGGCAGCAAAAGCCCCACCACCUCCGCCGGCUGCGGCGAAGGCGGUCCCAGUGCCCAAGCGAGCAGAGGCCUCCACACCUCGCAGACCCCCGGCACCCCCUGCGGCACCGCCUGCGGCACCCCCUCCAACACCCCCUGCACCAUCGAAACCCAAGUCCAGGUCAAAACCCAAAGCGUCCAUCCCUGGUCCGCCACCCUCGCCGUCACCACCUCCGCCCCCUUCCUUGUCUUCUGCACCUAGCAAGGCGCCGCCCAGACCCCGAGGCAAGGCACCGCCCCCACCCCCCCCGUCCCCUCCUUCCCCGCCAUCGAGUCCCAAGCCCAAGGCCCCGCAGAAGUCGAUGGGCCCUGCCUGA